CUCAAGCUGAAAGGCUCCUCCUACUGUUGUCAAAUCAUCACAUCAAAGUGUUCAGUCUAUCCUGCAUGAACAGACAGGUAGUAAGGUUGGCCUCUCGCUGUGUGAAAGCUCAAGUGAACUUUAGGUUACGUUUUGCAAAGUGCUCACAGCUGGCAUGUGGGGAAUAUCAGGCAGGUGGAAGAACGCAGUGACUGGAUUUACAAGUGCUCACUUUUACCUAAUUCCAGCAUUUGUCGUCUUGGAUUUACCACCAUCAGCUUCUGCACUACGAUAAGAGAUCAUAUCCACUUUGUCUGGGUGCUUGUGUAUAUAGAGACUUCUAGUUUUAACUGACACGACAAAGAGGAACCUGUGGUGAAGUCCAAGUUUGACAAGCUGUGGUUUUGCUUGGGCGGAGGAGCUGUUCUGCGGUCGUCUGUCUGGUCCCAGGCGGCCUGAUUCCUCAAGAGGUGAUGGUGGGUGGCAGGGCCGUUACCGUGCGCCCGCACAGGCGCUUGGAGUGAAAGAGUUGCAGUGCAAACAUGGAAUUCUUCAAGAGUCUCGUUCCCACAGUCAUCUCCGGGGACGGCGGACUGCCGGCAACGGACGCGGGGGGAGUGUGGCCACGGGAGACCGGCCCUCGCUUGCUAAGGAUGAAGAGGCUGGUUUCACAGGCCAAUGAAGAGGAGCAAGAUGGAUCCAGUCUGACUAGCCGGCCGGCUGUCCGUCUUCAACGACAUCGUGCCAAAGCCUCUGUCCCUGUCAGCAACAGCAGUGUGAAUAGGCGAGGAACAUCCCCCUCAGCCCCGGCCAGCUGGGAGAAGCGUAGCAUCCACCUCGCCACCAUGUCCAGCAUCACCAUCGACCCCGAGCUCAAGCCUGGGGAGUUUGUCAUCAAGAGCCUCUUCGCAGAGUUCGCUGUGCUCGCCGAGAAGAAGAUCGAGGUGGUCAUGGCUGAACCACUGGAGAAGCCCCUUUCCCGCUCACUGCAAAGAGGAGAAGAUGCACAAUUUGAUCAGUUAAUAAGCUCUAUGAGCUCCAUAGCAGAACACUGUUUGCCUUCACUGUUGCGGACGUUGUUUGACUGGUACAGAAGACAGAGCGGGACAGAAGACGAGUCGUACGAGUACAGACCUCGCUCCAGCACCAAGUCCAAAGGAGAUGAACAGCACCGAGAUAAAGACUUCCUACUGGAGCGAAGGGACUUAGCCAUAGACUUCAUUUUUUGUUUAGUUUCAGUGGAAGUUUUGAAACAGAUUCCCCUUCAUCCCGUGCCAGACGCCUUAGUACAAGAUGUCCUUAACCUGGCAUUCAAGCACUUUAAACACAAAGAGGGGUACUCAGGCCCCAACACUGGUAAUGUGCACAUCAUCGCUGACCUCUACGCUGAGGUCAUCGGCGUUCUCGCCCAAUCCAAGUUCCAGGCAGUGCGUAAGAAGUUCAUCACAGAGCUGAAGGAACUGAGGCUGAAGGAGCAAAGUCCUCAUGUGGUGCAGAGCAUCAUCAGCCUCAUCAUGGGCAUGAAGUUCUUCAGAGUCAAAAUGUACCCCGUUGAGGACUUUGAGGCUUCUUUCCAGUUCAUGCAGGAAUGUGCUCAGUAUUUCCUGGAGGUGAAGGACAAAGAUAUCAAACAUGCACUGGCUGGCCUGUUUGUUGAGAUCCUCAUCCCUGUAGCUGCUGCGGUGAAGAAUGAAGUGAAUGUGCCCUGCCUGAAGAACUUCGUAGAGAUGCUCUACCAGACAACCUUUGACCUCAGCUCAAGAAAGAAGCACUCACUGGCAUUGUAUCCCUUGGUCACAUGUCUGCUGUGUGUUAGUCAAAAGCAGUUCUUCCUCAAUAACUGGCACAUCUUCCUUCAGAACUGCCUUUCCCACUUAAAGAUGCCGUCAAACAACAGCAUCCGUAAGCAGAUUGAGACCCUGCAGAACAAAGAUCCCAAAAUGUCUCGUGUUGCACUGGAGUCUCUUUACCGUCUGCUCUGGGUUUAUAUCAUCAGGAUCAAGUGUGAGAGCAACACAACCACACAGAGUCGUCUCCUCAGUAUUGUAACAGCACUUUUCCCAAAGGGCUCUCGCAGCGUGGUGCCCAGGGACACACCCCUCAACAUCUUUGUUAAGAUCAUUCAGUUUAUUGCUCAGGAACGGCUGGACUUUGCCAUGAAAGAGAUCAUCUAUGACCUGCUGUGUGUGGGCAAGUCCCACAAGACUUUCACCAUUAAUCCAGAGAGGAUGAAUAUUGGUCUGCGGGCCUUCCUGGUAAUAGCCGACAGCUUACAACAGAAGGACGGCGAGCCGCCCAUGCCCACUACAGGCGUCAUCUUACCCUCAGGCAACACGCUGCGGGUCAAAAAGAUCUUCCUCAACACCACCCUCACAGACGAGGAAGCCAAGGUCAUCGGCAUGUCUCUGUAUUACCCUCAGGUUAGGAAGGCCCUAGACAACAUCCUCAGGCAUCUGGAUAAAGAGGUGGGACGAUCCAUGAGCAUGACCAACGUUCAGAUGUCCAACAAAGAGCCAGAGGACAUGAUCACUGGGGAGCGUAAACCGAAGAUUGAUCUGUUCCGGACAUGUGUAGCUGCUAUUCCCAGACUAAUACCAGAUGGCAUGAGCAGACAAGAUCUCAUCGAGCUACUGGCAAAACUGACCAUCCAUAUGGAUGAGGAGCUGCGUGGUCUGGCGUUCACCACUCUGCAGGCUCUGAUGGUGGACUUCCCAGACUGGAGAGAGGAUGUGUUGUCUGGUUUUGUGUAUUUCAUUGUAAGGGAGGUGACUGACGUUCACCCCACACUACUGGACAACGCUGUCAAGAUGCUGCUGCAGCUCAUCAUACAGUGGAGACAGGCGGUACAGAGCAACAACCGCAGCCAUGAUUCACAGGUUGGUGUGUCUUACAGAGAGCUGUUGGAGGAAUUAAACCCCAUCAUUAAAGAGGCACUUGAGAGAAGGCCAGAGAACAUGAAGCGACGCCGGCGUCGUGACAUUCUCAGAGUCCAGCUGGUCCGGAUUUUUGAGCUACUGGCCGAUUCUGGAGUCAUCAGUCAGAUUGCAAGUGGUGGUUUGGACGGGGAGUCUCACUCUCUGAACAGCACUCUGCUGGAAUAUGUGGAUCUCACCCGACAGCUUCUGGAGGCUGAGAACGACAAAGAUUCAGACACACUGAGAGACAUCCGCUCACACUUCAGUGCCCUAGUGGCCAACAUCAUACAGAAUGUACCAGUACAUCAGAGGAGGAGUAUAUUCCCUCAGCAGUCACUGAGACAUAGUUUGUUCAUGCUCUUCAGUCAUUGGGCUGGACCCUUCAGCAUCAUGUUCACACCACUGGACCGAUACAGUGACCGCAACAUGCAGAUCAACAGACACCAGUACUGUGCACUGAAGGCCAUGUCUGCGGUGCUGUGUUGUGGUCCGGUAGCUGAUAACGUUGGCCUAUCCUCUGAUGGGUAUCUAUAUAAGUGGCUGGACAAUAUUCUAGACUCUCAAGACCGCAAGGUGCAUCGGUUGGGUUGUGAGGCAGUGAUGUUGUUAUUGGAGCUGAAUCCAGACCAGAGCAAUCUGAUGUUCUGGGCGGUGGAUCGCUGCUACACUGGCUCACGCAGAGUCGCUGCAGGCUGUUUCAGAGCCAUCGCCAAUGUCUUUCACAACAGGGAUUACCAGUUUGACACUGUGGUUCUGCUGAAUCUCAUCCUGUUUAAAGCUGCAGACUCUUCCAGAGACAUCUAUGAGGUCGCCAUGCAGCUACUGCAGAUGCUGGAGCCCAAACUGUUCCGUUACGCCCAUAAACUGGAGAUCCAGCGUACUGACGGGGUCUUGACUCCAGCCUCUCCCCUCCCUCACCUGUACUCAGUGUCCUACUACCAGCUCAGUGAAGAACUGGCACGGACCUACCCUGAACUCACCCUUCCUAUCUUCUCAGAGGUGAGUCAGAGAAUCCAGACAGCGCACCCUGGUGGCCGGCAGGUGAUGCUGCAUUACCUCCUACCUUGGAUGAACAAUGUGGAGCUGGUGGACUUCAAGCCUUCAGCUCAACGUCAAGAGGAACCUUCGUCGACGGAGGAAGAGGAGGAUGCCCAUGAGAGAGAGAUGAUGAUGGUGAACAGCCGUCGCUGGCUGAGAGGAGAGGGCUGGGGUUCACCACAUGCCACUACCAUGAUCCUCAACAACCUCAUGUUCAUGACUGCAAAGUAUGGUGAUGAAUUUGCAUGGUCAGAGAUUGAGAACGUCUGGACCACUUUAGCUGACAGCUGGCCAAAAAAUCUAAAGAUCAUCCUUCACUUCCUUAUCAGCAUGUCUGGAGUCAACAGUGAACCAAGUCUCCUGCCUUAUGUCAAGCGUGUGGUGGUAUAUCUGGGCAGGGAUAAGACGAUGCAGUUGCUGGAGGAGUUAAUGUAUGAGCUGGAGCAAACAGACCCUGUAUCCUCGGCUGUCACUCAUAUGGAUAACCCACCUUACUACCGCAUUACUACUUCUUACAAGAUCCCUUCUGUUACAUCAGGAACAACGUCCAGUAGUAACACCAUGGUACCUGGACAUGAUGGACACCAUGAGAGCAAAAUCAAAGAUUCCAACAUGGAGGACAGUUACACACAUUUGGACAUCUACACUGGUCUGAACAGUAAUCUGAACAGACAGCACCAUCGACUGGAGUCCCGUUACAGCAGCAGCUCAGGAGGAUCCUACGAGGAGGAGAAGAGUGACUCUAUGCCUGUCUAUGCUAACUGGCGUCUAAAGGUGAUGGACCAUAACCGGCCAGAGCCCCUCCCAUUUCCUCCAACUGGUGGUUGCUGGUCACCACUGGUCGAUUACCUGCCUGAGACCACCACGCCUGGAGUCUCCCUACACAGAUGUAACAUAGCUGUGAUCUUGCUGACCGACCUCAUUGUAGACCACGGGGUCAAAGUGGAAUGGAGCUCAUACCUUCACCUGCUACUUCAUGCCAUCUUUAUAGGUUUUGACCAUCAGCACCCUGAAGUCUAUGAGCACUGCAAGCGUUUACUGCUCCACCUGCUGGUCGUCCAGGGCACCAACAGCAGCGUCCAGUCACUAGCAUCAGUACUUCUCCGCAACCGUGAACUGAACGAGCCCAGAGUUCUGACAGUCAAGCCCACUCUUCAGGAGUUCAACCUCACAGGUGUUAUAGAGCUGAUGCCAGACUAUCAGUCGUCUCCAAUGACAGACUCUGGCCUGAGCUCUAGCUCCACAUCCUCUAGCAUCAGUCUGGGCAGCUCAGCACUGCCUCACCUCCCCCCUACUCUCCUUAAUGAAGUGGACCUGUCUGCAGAGCAGGAUGAGAAGGUCAAAAACCUCAUUGAGUUCAUCAGCUCAAGGAAGCGUGGUCCACUGUGGAACCAUGAAGACGUCUCUCCCAAAAACCCCAACAUCAAGAGUGCCGAUCAGCUUAGUGUAUUCCUCCGUCAUGUUGUCAACGUCUUCAAACAGACACCGUCCGGUUACCAGUUGGAGCAGGAGUUGAGUGAAGUUGCUCUGCAGACAGCUCUGUCUUGCUCAUCACGGCAUUAUGCUGGUCGCUCUUUCCAGAUCUUCAGAGCGCUGAAGCAGCCACUCACAGCCUCCACACUGUCAGACGUGCUUUCCCGUCUGGUAGAGACUGUGGGAGAUCCAGGGGAAGAGGCUCAGGGUUUUGUUAUCGAGUUGCUCUUGACACUAGAGGCUGGUAUAGACACUCUGGCUGAAACGAUGAAGAGCUACGACCUUCUCACUGCACUCUCACAGGCCUCCCAUGAUCCUCUGCAGGGCACCAAGUUUGCCAAUAACAGGAAAAGUACCGGUCAACUGAACCUUGGCAGUGGAAGUUUCUUGCAUGUCCAUUACAGCCACGCUCGCAGCAACUCCCUCCGUGCCAGUCUGAUGGGUGAACGCUUAGGAGACCGUCACCGCAGCAACACCCUUGAUGUAGCCGACCGGUUGGGUGGCAGCCACGGAAAUCUAGCCCGCACUCGGAGCUUAUCAUCAUUACGAGAGGAUGGUGUCCGUGGCGAUGGAGGAGGAUCUGGUGAGGUGGUGCCACCAACUGACCCUACCAACCUGAUGGCGACAGUCUUCUGGAUUGCAACGUCGCUACUGGAGUCCGAUUAUGAGUUUGAGUACUUGCUGGCACUCAGGCUGCUGAACCGACUGCUGGCCCAGAUGCCCCUGGAGAAGGCGGACAGCAGGGAGAAGCUGGAGAGGGUGCAGGCCAAACUGAAGUGGUACAACUUCCCCGGCCUCCUGACGCUCUUCCUGAAGGGUUUUACUUCAGCUGCAACACAGGAGCUCACAAUUCACCUCCUCAGUAAACUCAUCACUGUGUCCCGACACACACUCAUAGACCCCUCACAGCUAGCAGGUUUUCCUCUGAAUGUCCUGUGCCUGCUGCCGCACCUGGUCCAGCACUUUGACAACCCCACAGGGUUCUGUAAGGAGACUGCUGAUCGGAUCGCCAAAGUGUGUGCUGAAGAAAAGUCAGCCACACUGGCCAACCUGGCACACAUGAUGAGCCUGUACUCAACGCACAGUUACUCGCGAGACAGCACCAACUGGAUCAAUGUGGUGUGUCGCUACUUGCACGACUCCUUCUCUGAAAUCACCUUUAACCUGGUCACAUACCUAGCUGAGUUAUUGGAGAAGGGCUUGAACAGCAUGCAGCAGUGUUUACUACAGAUCAUCUACAGUCUACUGAGUUACAUUGACCUGUCUGCUGCUCCUGUCAAACAGUUCAACUUGGAAAUCAUGAAGAUCAUUGGCAAAUAUGUACAGAGCCCAUACUGGAAGGAGGCCCAGAACAUUCUGAAGUUGGUGGUGUCCCGCUCUGCGAGUCUGGUUGUUCCUGAUGAGGUGCAGCGCUCCUACAGCAUGGAGUCGACCGGCUCUCCAGAAAUCGCUUUCACUCGCAUAUUCAACAACUCAUCUAAAGAACUGCCAGGAAAAACAUUGGACUUCCACUUUGACAUCUCAGAGACACCUAUUAUAGGUCAUAAGUAUGGAGACCAGCGAAGUGCAGCAGGGCGUAAUGGAAAACCGCAGGUAAUUGCUGUGACGAGAAGCACCUCCUCUACUUCCUCUGGCUCCAAUUCAAAUGGGCUGGUGCCAGUCAGCUGGAAGAGGCCACAGCUCUCGCAGAGAAGAACCCGGGAGAAACUGAUGAAUGUCCUAUCUUUGUGUGGCCCAGAGUCCGGCCUGCCUAAAAACCCCUCUGUGGUGUUCUCUUCAAAUGAGGAUUUGGAUGCAGGUGAUCAACAGACCAGUCUGAUCCCCACUGUAGAGGAAGUGACACAGGAGGAGGAAGUGCAAGCAGAAGAUGCAGGAAGUGAACAGCAGUUUGGUGUCUUCAAGGACUUUGACUUCCUGGAUGUUGAGUUGGAGGAUGGAGAGGAGCUUCAGGGGGAGAGCAUGGACAACUUCAACUGGGGUGUGAGGCGUCGCUCACUGGACAGCAUUGACAAAGGUGACACCCCAUCUCUGCAGGACUGCCAGUAUUCCGGCAGCACACCCAGUCUCAUCCAGCCAGAGGACACUGAUGAGUCAUCUGAGGAGGAGGUACUGAGCGCUAGCCAGAUUCUCACCCGCUCCAACCUCCUUAAUAGUGAUUCAGCGACUGAUGACGCCAUAUCCAAUCAUAUGGACUCCCUCCAGCAGUCGCAAGAAUCCUCCAGUAGUGUCCUGACUGAAGAGGCCACGCCUACCCCACCGCUGCCCCGCCCAGACAGCCCCACCCAUGAGACCGCUCACUCUGACAGCAAUAGCAACCAGCUGCCUGAGGAUGCGAGUGUAACUGCAGCUGAUGAAUUAAGCAGCAGUGUCAGUGAGGAUACGGGGUUUGGCAGUGCCCCUCCUUUACCCUCAGAUGCCCCUGAGCUCUGUGACUUACCUGACUCCCAGGACCCUACCGACGACCUGGACCCAGCGCCCCCUCCGCCACCAGCUGUGGACAGCCCGCCUGGAUCCCUCUUUGAUGACGAGCUGGUGCUGCCACCACCUGUCAAAGACUCCACCUUGGAAUCCAUGUACGAGAAGGAGAUGGUUCUGGCUCUGGACUCGGCCCCCGAUUCAAUAUGCGAGGAGGAUGUGACACUGGCUCUGAAAGAGCUAGAUGAUAGAUGUGAGGAAGAAGAGGCGGAUUUUUUCGGCAUGUCCAGUCAAGAUGAGGGUGAUGCAGACGGCUUUCCUGAACUCCAGGCCUCACCACCUCCGUCGCCCUUUCUUUCGGCUAUUUUGGCAGCAUUCCAGCCCGUAGUCUAUAACGACGAGGAGGACGCCUGGCGUUGCCAUGUCAACCAGAUGUUGUCGGACUCAGAUGGGUCUUGUGCUGUUUACACCUUCCAUGUGUUCUCACAACUCUUUCAGCACAUUCAGAGGAAAUUUGACUCGAUUACCCAUGCCUCAGUACGAUUCCUUGGGGAGGGGCUGCAACGAAUGGGAAACCAGUUCCUAAGCUCUCUAGAGGUCAUGACCUCCUGCUCUCAGUGUCCUACAGUCCUGCUGGAUGCUGAAACUCUGGUCUCCUGUGGGCUCUUGGAGACUCUGAAGUUCAGUGUGUUGGAGUUACAAGAGCAUCUGGACACUUACAACAGCAAGAGAGAAGCAGCCGAACAGUGGUUGGAUAACUGCAAAAAGACCUUUGGUGAUAAAGACGGUAACCAGCGACCCAACACUCAAGCUCAGCCAAUGGAAAUGCUAGCAGAGCUGGAGUUGUGUCGACGGCUGUAUAAGCUGCAUUUCCAGCUCCUACUGCUCUUUCAGGCCUACUGCAAACUCAUCAGCAGAGUGGACACCAUCAAGAGAGAGGCAGAGGUGACUAACAUGUCAGAGGAGCUGGCCAUAUUAGAGAGCUGUCUGAAGGAGGCAGAGUCAGUAGGUGAUGGACAGGAGGGACUGGGCGAUAUUAAAUUGGACCAGUCAAGCACAGAGACGGCUAUCCACUCACUCAUUGAGAGCCUCAGAGCACGGGACUUCAGCACAGCCAUUGCUCAAGUUAAAGCCUUCAGGUGCCUGUGGCCUAAUGACAUAUUUGGCAGUGAGAGGGAUGAUGCAGUACAGACGCUGCUGCACAUUUACUUCAGGCACCAGACUCUGGGUCAGACGGGCUGUUUGGCUGUGGUGGGCCCCAGCAGGGAUCUUUCUCAGGCCAGCUCACGCCUCAUGGAACUCAACCUUCAGAUCCGCGAAGCUCUCUGCCAGGCUCAGACGCACCCACACACCCACCAGACGCACAUCCUUUCCCCGACCCCCACGGCCCACAUCCAGACGCAAAUCGACACGCAAAACACAGUCCUCAGCACUGGACUGUGAGAGCUUCACGAACUCCACUCUCUUCCUCCGGGGUGGCGAGUUUGGAGAUUUUCACGUAGACUUCACCUCAAAGGGCUAAAGAAUGUGUGGCUAUUAGUUACUCUAAACUAUUACGCAAGUACCAUGUUUUUCCUUCCCCCUUUCUCCAAUAGUUUAACUUCUCCAGAUGUCAGAGAAAGUACGAAGAACAGGACUGGUCAAGAACCAUUAGGAGGGACACUGGGCGAUAAUGAUGCUAAAUUUGAAGCUUUUUGGCGGAAUGACCUAUGACCUCUAGGCGGUGUCUUUUUAUAGUGAUCCACAUCCUUCUGCCCCACUAUGCACUGGGGCAGAGAUGGGAUUUGGAGCGUUAUUGUGAGAAUCAGAGUAUCACAAUGGAUCAGCGAGACUCGCAUCGCUGAUCGCAAAAAGCAUGCUUGAAAGAGAAGCCUGCAACAAAUAUUUUUUUGAGAAAUGUAUUUUUUAACAGUCUUAGGUUGUAAAUGUUAGGAUAUUUAACAUGUAAGCUUGGGGGGCUGUACCCUCCGUAUAAAGUGAUUUAUCGGUUUAACUUUAUUGACCUGGAUCGGGGAGAACUUUCAGCUUUCACUGGGCCGCUCUUACAAAUCUCUUAAUCUAUAACCAAAUAAGUAGCUGCCUGUAGGAAACCAUAGACUCUAGUGUGUGCGCGUGCGUGUGAGGACGAGUGCGAGGGUGUGCUUGCGAUUUGACAUGGACUGAUAUUUGCACACCCGCUCUCUCUCAUACAUGCACGUUAACAAACCGAAAUGCACAAGUGAAGUGCAAACUGGCUGCAACUCAUGGAAAUAUCAAUAACUUAUUUUACUCUGUAUAUAUUUUAGAAAAUGUAUAGUGUAAAAGCAGUAUUUUUCCUUGUACAUUUGUGUAAUGCACUGUUCAAUCAGAGAGAGCUCAGUAGAGGGUAAUGACUAAUGCAAAAAA